GAAGCACCAGAACCUGCAACAGGAGCUGCUCUGAAUUAAAAGCAUAACUUCUGUUCAUAUAUUUGCUUACCAUCUGUGUCUCAUGCACUGCUUCCUUCAACUAAACCAUCUUUGAUUAGUUCCAGCAAUGGCUUCAUUCCCACUGAUGUAUUUUCUCAUCUUUCUGGUGUUUCCAACAAUACUUCCUGAAGGAAUGGCACUGAAACGGACUGAGAAAGAACCCAAUAUAUCUGCUGAUCUCAACGAUGACUUCGAAAUAUCAUUUUGCCAAACUAUAAGAGAUAGGUUAGAUCUUAUGAGGAUGUCACGUGGCUCUGUCGUAGGCAAAAUCUCUUUGAACUAUGUUGUACUUAUGUAUUGCCGUGAAUAUAGUUUAACUAUGUGAUAAUUAUAAAUAAUGGACUUGGUAUACUGCAUUAUCACUCAAGGGUCUAAUGUUAGUCAAAAAUAACAAAAUUUUGCUCAACAAUUAGAAACUCAUUUGACAAAUAAUUGAAAAUAGUGAGGACAGACUUUUUUCUUAAAUAAACUAGGAGCCUCCUAGUGUCCAAAAAUCUAUGUCCACUCUUAUUCUCUCUCUGUCAAGUCUGUAUCCUAUUCACUUAACCACAAAAACACAAGAAGAACGAAGAGUUAAAAUUAAUUCAAUACAAUAUGAAAAUUAGUCUCUCUACAUAGAGGCCAAAAAAAAAAGUUCUGAAUAAGCUGUGAAUGUAGCAGAAAUGUAGGAAUUAGCAACACUUCAAAAUUGAUAACCUAAUCUUUCAUUCUUAAAAUAAUGAUGCUCAAUAUUUUUAAUGCUAUAUUACUUUUUAAAAGUUCCUCAUGUUUUUGACCAAGUUAUUUCCACUCCUACUCUGUUAUUGUAAAAUUUUAAUAUUAUACAUUGUGAAAUUACCAAUAUGUGAUUUUUAGCCCCCUGAGAAAUGAACAUUUUACCCCCAAGGGGUGGGUACAAAUAGGUUAAAACCCUCUAUCUUAAAUUCACAAGGAAUAAUUGUGUGGAAUCUCAGUAAAAUCAUCAUGGGCCCCUCAUGCUCCCUUAUUGCAAUCUGAUCAAAAUGGAGUGAAAUUAUGUUAUAAUUCAGACUAUGAACCUUUAUGCUUCUACAGCAGUAACUAAUAUGGGUUUUAUUUUCUUCUUUUAUGUGGUUCUCUGAUGGUUUCAUACACAUAUGUGAUAGAUUUUGAAUAAUUUACAUAUUAGUGACCCUUUUCUCAAUAAAUAGUUUUCUGAUUCUUA